AUGUCAUCAGAUUUCUGGGCCGGCUAUAUUAGCGGCGCCAUUGGCAUAAUUAUCGGAAACCCUCUUGACCUCAUCAAAGUCCGAUUACAAGCGAGUAGCUCUGCAAAUGGCUCUGUGGAACCUCGGCAAUUGACUCGAUUCGAAAGCACAAGCUCUCUCGUGCGAGGUGCUGCGGCCCCAAUUCUUGGAUAUGGGGCCCUCAAUGCCUUACUAUUCGUGUCCUACAAUCGGUCACUGAUGCUCUUGGAUAAUUCCAUCACUGAUCCCACAAAUCCUCAAAAUUGUGCCCUAUACAAGCUAUGGCUUGCUGGAGCAUUAGGUGGCAUUGCCAGCUGGACUGUCUCUGCACCUACGGAGUUCAUCAAAUGUCGAGCCCAGCUUGACGCUCGCCCAGAAGUUUCGUCCUGGAGCGUCGCGAAGGACAUCAUUCGGAAUCGCGGCUGGAGGGGUUUGUAUUUCGCUGGCGGAAUAACCUGUGCCAGGGACUCUAUAGGCUAUGGUUUUUAUUUCUGGUCUUACGAAUAUUGCAAGAGGUUAAUGGCCUCCCCCGAUGAUGAAGAUUCAAACAGCGCCGCGCUGAAAGUCCUCUUCUGCGGUGGUCUUGCUGGAAUCGUUACCUGGGCUUCCGUCUUCCCGCUUGACGUGAUAAAAACACGGAUGCAGGCAAAUACAAUUGAAGCUUAUGCCGAAGGCCGGACGUUAUUAGAAUCACAAACCAACAAACCAGAACUUGGUGCUUUCAAACUGGCGCGAGAAGUAUAUCGGAUCGAGGGCCUCAAGGCCUUUUAUCGCGGCCUAGGGGUAUGCAGUCUGCGAGCAUUCAUUGUGAAUGGGGCUCAGUGGGCGACAUAUGAGUGGCUUAUGAAAUAUUUUCAGAAUCGGUCCUGGGAUCAACCCCUCAAAAGUACAUAA